AUGUCCAAGACUGAUGUCACUGAUUCUGCUACGCAGAAAAAAGAAUUGAACGAGUAUGAACAACACUAUUUCACCUCUUAUGACCAUUUCGGUAUUCAUGAAGAGAUGUUGCAAGAUACUGUGCGUACGCUUUCGUACCGUAACGCUAUAGCCCAAAAUAAGGACUUCUUUAAAGGUAAGGUUGUCCUAGAUGUUGGAUGCGGUACUGGUAUUCUAUCUAUGUUUGCUGCAAAGAACGGUGCUAAGCAUGUCAUUGGUGUUGAUAUGUCUAGUAUUAUUGAAAUGGCUAAGCAAAUUGUUGAAUUGAAUGGUCUUUCAGACAAGAUCACUUUGUUACGUGGUAAAUUGGAAGACGUUGUGUUGCCUUAUAAGAAGGUUGAUAUCAUUAUUUCCGAAUGGAUGGGUUACUUCUUAUUAUACGAAUCCAUGUUGGAUACCGUGUUGUAUGCACGUGAUAACUACUUGGUCGAAGGUGGGUUGAUCUUCCCUGACAAGUGUUCCAUUCACAUUGCUGGUCUUGAAGAUUCUAAGUAUAAGGGCGAAAAGCUGAACUUUUGGCAAGACGUUUAUGGGUUCGAUUACUCACCAUUUAUCCCAUUGGUGAAAAGAGAACCUUUGGUCGAUACAGUGGAAAACAGUUCUGUUAAUACUACCAAAUGUAAAUUAAUCGAAUUUGAUCUUAAUACAGUGACUAUCCCAGAUUUGGCAUUCCACAGCAAGUUUAAAUUGCAGGCAAAGAGACAAGAUUUCAUUAAUGGGUUGAUUUCAUGGUUCGAUAUUGAAUUCCCAGCACCAAAGGGUAACAAACCUGUCACUUUCUCCACUGGUGCCCAUGCUACAUACACCCAUUGGAAACAAACCGUCUUCUAUUUGGAAGACGAUUUGGAAUGUGAAGCUAAUGAUAUCCUAGAAGGUGAAUUGACCUGUUUACCAAACAAAGAUAACAACAGAGAUUUGGAUAUCAAGAUCGUGUACAAUUUCAAGGCCUCUGGUCCAGACGGUAAAGAAAGGUCAAGAAAGGGUACCAACACUUACUUGAUGCAUUAA